AUGCUUCUGGUCCCGAAGGCCUGAAAUGUCCAAACCGAAACUUUUACUGACUGUUAUUUAGAGUCAAAGUGGUUUUAUUAAUUAUUAAUGCCAUAAAAGAGGCUGAUGGGAAAAGACCAGGACGUGACGGGCAAAAUGAGAAAAACCAAGUGGGCAGAUAAUCGGCCAGGUUGCCUCGAGGAUCGACAGCAGAACCGAGCCCUGUGUGGAGCAGGACGGGGAGCCAUGCUGUCUCUGAGCCCGGUGGGCCCCGAGGAGCAGCGGGGCUGCGGGGGCUGCGGGGCCCCCUGUAGCUGCGGCCUGGACGACAGCCUGACCAACCUGCAGUGGCUGCAGGAGUUCUCCAUCCUGGGGGCUCCGGGACCGCAGCAGGGCCAGCAGCAGCUGGGCCCCGGCGGCCCGGCCUCGCCCCUGGCCGGGGACCCGGCCUCCUGCAGCGGGUCACCGCUGACUCCCGGGAAGCCCACCGCGGCGGCCUUCAGCCGGAUGCGGGCCCCGCCGGGUCUCGCGGCGCGCGGCCACUGCCCGGCCGAGGUGGACUACCGCCGCAACCCGGACAUCAAGCCGCCGUUCUCCUACGCCACGCUGAUCUGCAUGGCGAUGCAGGCCAGCCAGCGCAGCAAGCUCAGCCUGGCCUCCAUCUACCAGUGGAUCACCGACAACUUCUGCUACUACCGGCACGCGGACCCCACCUGGCAGAAUUCCAUCCGCCACAACCUGUCGCUCAACAAGUGCUUCAUCAAAGUCCCCCGCCGCAAAGACGAGCCGGGCAAGGGCGGCUUCUGGCGCCGGGACCCCCGCCUGUCCGAGCGCGGCCCGCCGGGCCCCCGGCCCCUGGCCCCCGGCCGCCGCGGCACCAAGAGGAAGCCGGUGCUGGCAUCCCAGAGCGGCGCCUCCGAGGCUACCCGGCACUGCAUCUCCCCGCUGCUCUGCGUGGACGAGCAGAGGGAAGCCGGGCCCCUGAAGGGCCCCUUCGACUGGGACGGCCUGUUGGACUCGGCCCUCCGGGGGGAGCUGAGUUUGGAUGGGGGCGACUCUCUGAGCCCCAUCAUGGCCGUUGCCGACCCUCCUACACCCAAGAGUGGCAACGACUUGGACGAGGAGACUUUCCUAGCAACCGCUUUCCUGGAGACACCCUGGCCGGAGGACGAGGACCGCGGUGACUUCCUGAGCGGUUCCACCGUCAACCUGGACCAACUGUUUGACCUGGGAGAGCCUCUAGCCCUGGACGCUAGCAGCCGGAUGGAGCCGCUAGCAAUGGAUGCCAGCAACCGGAUGGAGCCGCUAGCAAUGGAUGCUAGCAACCGGAUGGAGCCGCUANCAAUGGAUGCUAGCAACCGGAUGGAGCCGCUAGCAAUGGAUGCUAGCAACCGGAUGGAGCCGCUAGCAAUGGAUGCUAGCAGCCGGAUGGAGCCGCUAGCAAUGGAUGCUAGCAACUGUCUCAUCUGAAGAAAGGGUCAGUGACUAAAGUGGCUCGGAAGCUGCAGAGAAGCGCCUCUUCCCGUCCUGUGGACUCUUGUCCACGCCUGCUUCCUGGAGACGCCGCUGGAGGAAGCAGGACACAGAUGAGAAAGAGUCCAACGAUAAAAAACUAAAUGAACAAUAUUUCUAUAGUAAAUCUGUAGUUUAUAGUGUUGUAGUGAAAUUUGUUCUGACAUGUUUUGUUAUCGAUUUGUUAUGAAUGGGUUCAUGUUCAUAGUUCAAUAUUUGAACAUUCUGAUCUAUGUUUCAGGUACCAACAUGAACUAGUUCUCAUUCAGUGGCUCAUAAACUGUAUUUUAAUACAAAUUUAAUAAAGUCCAUUUAAAUAAAAA